AUGUCAGAAAUCACAAACGAGGGGUUUAGUCCCCCCGACCAACCACCACUCCCCUCCCCUCCUCUCCCCACUCUCCUUCCCUCCCUCCCCCCUUCACCCCCCCCACCCCUCCACACCCUUCCUCCUCCCCUCCAUCCCCUCUUCCAGGCGAUCUCCGUGCUCUCUUCCGUGCGACAGGCGCUCUCCCGUGCGACAGGUGUCGUGCUGGUACUUGUGGGAGCGCGGUCAGCAGCGACGUACUGGCAGGACGCGUGGCUGUGGGAGGCCGCAAGCGGCGUCACUCUCGCCGUGCGCUCCCAGGCGUGGCUCCACCUGCUGGGGGCUGAUCUGGGGUUCUUUGAAGGGCGAGGGGGAGGGAAGGCCGCAGGGCGGGGCAGUGGGCGCGGAGGAGGGGGAACAGGGCCGGCGGCUGUAGCGACGGGGGACCUGGUGUAUAGAUUGACAGCAGAGGCGAGGGAGGUGGGCGAGGUGGGAGAGGGGGGAGAAGGGGGGAAAGCAACUGUAGCAGCAGAGCCGGCGGCUGUAGCGACGGGGGACCUGGUGUAUAGAUUGACGGCGGAGGCGAGGGAGGUGGGCGAGGUGGUCUUUGCUGUUCUCAAGGCGGCGGUGCCAGCUGUCUGCCAGGUGGCAGUCAUGCUGACGCGGAUGGUCCAGCUCAGCCCGGUGAUGACGCUGGCCACUCUGUGGUCCCACUCAUGUCAGUCAUCAUCGCCUCGCUCGGGGAGAGGGUUCGCCGCCUUUUCUCUCGUGGUCCCACUCAUGUCAGUCAUCAUCGCCGCGCUCGGAGAGAGGGUUCGCCGCGUGUCCUCAAAAGCGCAGGCCUCCAUCGCAGCCCUCUCAGCGCGAAUCACCGAGGUCCUCCUGGCCAUGCUGCUAGUCAAGGCACACGCAGCCGAGCCGUACGAGGCGCUCCUGUUCCGCCACCUGGCGGAAGCUGAUAGGUCCGCGCGGCUGCAGAAAAAAAGGUUGAAAGCGCUGUUUCCCGAGGCGAUCACGGCGGCGUAUGCGGCGGCGGUGGUGGUGCUGUUUGGAGUGGCCACGUGGGCCGUGGGACAGGGCGGGCUCACGGGUGCCGGGAUCGUCUCUUUCUUCACGUCCCUUGUGUUACUGAUCGAGCCCAUUCAGGCAGCAGGGACAGCAUUCAACGAGCUGAAGCAGGGCCAGCCAGCCAUUGAACGUGUGCUCGCCCUCACACGCUUGAACCCACCGCACUCCACCGCUUCCCACUCCUCCUCAUCCUCCUCCUCCUCCUCCCACCUUCAAAGAGAGGAGGAGGAGGACAUUGGGAGACUGAUGGGAGAAAUUGAGUUUCAAGGGGUGUGCUUUGGCUAUGGCUUACCGACAGGAACGGGCGUUUCGAAGGAAAAGAAGCCUCAAUCAGUGGCACCAGUAGCAGGAGAAGCCACAUCGCCAGCAGCAGCAGCAGCAGCAGCAGCAGUGCCAGGAACCGCAGAAGCCCCAGGAGCAGCAGCAGCAGUGGCAGCGGUGACGUCACCAGCAGCAGCAACAGCAGCAGCAGCAUCAGCGGCAGUACAAGCAGCAGAAGCAGGCUCAGGUUCCCACGUGUUGUCAGAUGUGUCGUUCCGGGUGAGGCGAGGCGAGACAGUGGCAGUGGUCUCACCAACCGCACCACGCGCAGCAACUGCACCAGCUGCGGCAGUACAAGCAGCGGGAGCAGGCUCAGGUUCCCACGUGUUGUCAGAUGUGUCGUUCCGGGUGAGGCGAGGCGAGACGGUGGCUGUGGUGGGGCCAUCGGGGGGAGGGAAAAGCUCCCUGCUCAAGCUGCUGCUCAAGCUCUACCGCCCCUCUGCAGGCCGAAUUCUGCUGGACGGCCAGGAUCUCGCGACAUGCUCUGCAUCCAGCGUGCGUCGUCAGAUCGGCUUCGUGCCACAGGAAACGGUUCUUUUUUCGGGCACAGUAGCUCAAAACAUUGCCUAUGGCCAUCUGGAAUACCUCUCCUUGGAAUCUUCCAACCUGCCCGGAAAGCCAACAGAGCUGGCCAUGGUGGAGCGAGCUGCCCGCCUUGCCAAUGCACACGAGUUUAUUUCUGCCCUGCCCGAAGGCUACUUCACCCAGCUAGGCCCUAGAGGGGCGUCUCUCAGUGGCGGGCAGAGGCAGAGGCUGGCCGUCGCCCGAGCCAUCUUCAACGACCCUGCCAUCCUGGUGCUGGAUGAAGCCACGUCAGCACUGGACAGCCAAUCAGAGGCUCUCGUCCGCGACGCUCUGCGCCGCCUCAUGGUUGGGCGAACGGUGCGUGUGUGGUGUGUGUGA